GGACGAUCUUGGACAUGGAGUCCAGAAUGUGGCCGGCACUGCUGCUGUCCCGUCUCCUCCCUCUCUGGCCACUGCUGUUGCUGCCCCUCCCACCACCUGCUCAAGGUUCCUCCUCCUCCCCUCGGACCCCACCAGCCCCAGCCCGGCCCCCCUGUGCCCGGGGAGGGCCCUCAGCCCCACGCCAUGUGUGCGUGUGGGAGCGGGCACCCCCACCGAGCCGCUCCCCGCGGGUCCCAAGAUCACGUCGGCAAGUCCUGCCGGGCACCUCGCCCCCGGCCACCCCAUCAGGCUUUGAAGAGGGGCCACCCUCAUCCCAGUACCCCUGGGCUAUUGUGUGGGGUCCUACAGUGUCUCGAGAGGAUGGGGGGGACCCCAACCCUGCCAAUCCUGGAUUUCUGCCCCUGGACUAUGGCUUCGCAGCCCCGCAUGGGCUGGCCACCCCACACCCCAACUCAGACUCCAUGCGGGGUGAUGGAGAUGGGCUUAGCCUUGGAGAAGCACCUGCCACCCUGCGGCCGGUCCUGUUCGGGGGCCGCGGGGAAGGUGUGGACCCUCAGCUCUAUGUCACAAUUACCAUCUCCGUCAUCAUUGUUCUCGUGGCCACCGGCAUCAUCUGCAAGUUCUGCUGGGACCGCAGCCAGAAGCGGCGCAGGCCCUCUGGGCAGCAAGGUGCCCUGAGGCAGGAGGAGAGCCAGCAGCCCUUGACAGACCUGUCCCCAGCCGGGGUCACUGUGCUGGGGGCCUUCGGGGACUCGCCCACCCCCACCCCUGACCACGAGGAGCCCCGAGGGGGACCCCGGCCUGGGAUGCCCCAGCCCAAGGGGGCUCCGGCCUUCCAGCUGCACCGGAUUCCCUUGGUGAAUCUGUGAUGCCCCCCAAGGCUGGGCUGCCACCGAGCAGG